AUGACUUCCACACCUACCCACCUCUCUAACAAAUAACUCUACCAUCAUCUAUUGUCCAAAUAGGUCACCAUCUUCUUUCAUCCAUCACCAAGACAACACAAUUUCUUUCUUUUUCCUCUUCACUUUCCUCCAUGUUCUUCCGCAAGCCAUCUCCAACUACCCCUCUGCACUCUCUACCCUCCCAAACACCAUCCUUCUCAAAAUCCAAAGACCACCACAACAACCACAUCAUCACCAACAAGUUAAGCUACACACUCUUCUUAUCGCUCUUUCUUUUUUCAUGGCUUCUUCUUCUUCGCCAUCACCUCACACCGUUACAAAACCACACCACCGCAACAUGCCACGGAUCAGGACCAUUGUUCUACAUCUACGCUCUCCCCUCGCGCUUCAACCUAGGACUCCUCCAACGUUGUCAGAACCUUAACAUCUACACCAACAUGUGCCCCCAUGUCGCUAACAAUGGCCUUGGCCAACCCCUCGCCACUCCCUCCUGGUACGCCACACACCAGUUCAUCGGGGAUAUGAUCGUGCACGCGCGUCUCCAGAACCACCCCUGCCGCACCUCCCAUCCCCACGCCGCGCGUCUCUUCUACGUCCCUUUCUAUGCUGGUCUUUACUCUUCCAGCGUCUUCCGUCAGCACAAUCUCACCCUCCGUGAUGCCUUGGCCGUCGAUCUUGUUCACUUCCUCCACCGUCAACCAUGGUGGAAAAGGAACAAUGGGAAAGACCAUUUUGUUGCCUUGGGGAGAACCGCGUGGGAUUUCAUGCGCACAGAAGAUGGACCCGACUUCGGAGCAAACAUCUUCCUUAACCUACCCACUGUCCGAAACAUGUCGGUGCUAACAGUGGAACGGCAUCCCUGGCAAGGACACAACCAAUUCGCAAUCCCCUACCCCUCCUACUUCCACCCCAAAACCCUCUCCGAGAUGCUCACGUGGCAGGACACCGUCCGCCAACGCCCUCGUCCAUUCCUCUUCUCCUUUGUCGGCGGCACGCGCCCCAACCUCGCCAAAGCCAAGGUGCGUGACCACAUCGUGACCCAAUGCGACGCAUCGGAACGCUGCGUUUUGGUCCAGUGCGCGAGUGGUGAUCCACGGUGCCAUAACCCCAUGAAUGUUGUGGAAGUUAUGAGUAAGUCCACGUUCUGUCUUCAGGCCCCAGGGGACUCCUUCACGCGCCGGUCAACGUUCGACUCGGUUCUUGCUGGCUGUAUUCCCGUGUUUUUCUCAGAACACACUGCCUAUACACAGUACGUGUGGCAUUUUCCUACGGAGAGGGAUACGUAUUCUGUAUUCAUAGACGAGAGAGAGGUGAAUGAAGGGAAGAAGAGGAUCGAAGAUGUGCUUGCGGGCAUCGAAGAGAAAGAGGUUGCGAAAAUGCGUGAGGUGGUGAUUGGGUUGAUCCCGAAACUCACCUACACGCACCCCAAUGCGAGUGGGGAUGUUGGGUUUGAGGAUGUUGUGGACGUCGCGCUUCAACGGCUCUCACAGCUCGUGUUGAACGAAACCACAAGCUUGGGAAGCGCCGACAUUUGAACGGGUUGAAGCGCGUGGCGACGCGACAUUUUUAUAAAACAAUAAUAAAAAAAUGAAAAAGUUUCUAUUAUAGAUAGGAAAUUUAUAAACAAGUUCAUUUGUAGAAAUUGUUUGAUUUUUUAGAAUUAUAUUUUAAUUCGAGUAUAUAAGAAAUUUAUCUUUAUUAA